GUUUCCAUUUCUCUCCACUGUAGUGUUGUCAAGGAGGAGAUUUCAGACGACAAUGCGAAGCUGCCCUGUUUCAACGGGAGAGUCGUCUCCUGGCUGGUGUCUUCGGAGACCCCCCAGCCCGAGCCGGUGCCGACUCCCGCAGAGACCCGACCGGAGCCCUCGCCCCCACCGCCUCCCCUGCCCCCGCUGCCCGUGGAGAGGACCAGCGGCAUCGGGGACUCCCGGCCCCCCUCCUUCCACCCUAACAUCUCAGGCAGCCGGGAGAACCUGGAGCAGGAGACGGAGACGGAGUCAGUCGUGUCGCUGCGGAGGGAGAGGCCACGGCGCCGGGAGAGCACGGAGCAUGGUGGCGGACACCGGCCGAACGGACAGUCGCGGCUGGAACGACACCUGGCCGGCUAUGAGAGCUCGUCCACCCUGCUGACCAGUGAGAUCGAGACCACCAGCCUGUGUGACUCAGAUGAUGACGACACCAUGAGCAGGUUCAGCAGCUCCACAGAACAGAGCAGCGCCUCCCGCCUCCUCAAGCGGCACCGGAGGCGGCGGAAGCAGCGCCCCCCGCGCCUGGAGCGGACGUCUUCCUUCAGCAGCGUCACCGACUCUACCAUGUCGCUCAACAUCAUCACGGUCACCCUCAACAUGGAGAAGUACAACUUCCUGGGAAUCUCCAUCGUGGGGCAGAGCAAUGAGCGGGGGGACGGAGGCAUCUACAUCGGCUCCAUCAUGAAGGGGGGAGCCGUGGCGGCUGAUGGGCGCAUUGAGCCAGGGGACAUGCUGCUUCAGGUGAACGACAUUAACUUUGAGAACAUGAGCAACGACGACGCCGUCAGAGUCCUGAGGGAGAUCGUCCACAAGCCAGGCCCGAUCGUGCUGACAGUGGCCAAAUGCUGGGACCCUUCCCCCCAGGGGUACUUCACGCUGCCCAGGAAUGAGCCCAUCCAGCCCAUCGACCCAGCGGCCUGGGUCUCCCACUCGGCCGCCCUGACCGGCGCCUUCGCCGCCUACCCCGGGACCACCUCCAUGAGCACCAUCACCUCCGGGAGCUCCGUGGCCGAGACCGAGCGCUUCGACGACUUCAAUCUGUCGGUCCACACGGACAUGGCGUCCGUCACGAAGGCCAUGGCGUCCCCGGAGUCGGGGCUGGAGGUCCGCGACCGCAUGUGGCUGAAAAUCACCAUUCCCAACGCGUUCCUGGGCUCGGACGUGGUGGACUGGCUGUAUCACCACGUCGAGGGCUUCCAGGACCGGCGGGAGGCGCGGAAAUACGCCAGCAACCUGCUGAAAGCCGGCUUCAUCCGGCACACGGUGAACAAGAUCACGUUCUCCGAGCAGUGCUACUACGUCUUCGGGGACCUGCGCGGCUGCGAGAACUACAUGGCCAACCUCUCUCUCAACGACAACGACGGCUCGAGCGGGGCCUCGGACCAGGACACGCUGGCCCCGCUCCCGCUGCCCGGGGCCACGCCCUGGCCCCUGAUGCCCACCUUCUCCUACCAGUACCCGGCCCCGCACCCCUACAGCCCCCAGCCCCCGCCCUACCACGAGCUCUCCUCCUACAGCUACGGUAUGGGCAGCGCCGGGAGCCAGCACAGCGAGGGGAGCCGGAGCAGCGGCUCUAACCGGAGCGACGGGGGCGGUGGGGGCCGGGGGAAGGCCAAGGACGAGAAGGCGGCCCCCGACUCCAAGUCGGGCAGCGGCAGCGAAUCGGAGUACUCGACCCGCAGCAGCCUGCGGCGGGCGGAGCCGGGGGGCGGGGCCAGCGGCGGAGGCCCCGCCCCCGCAGUAGGCGGGGCCGAGGCGGGCGGGGCUCCUCAGCGCAGCCACCAUAGCUUGGUGAGCAGCAUGCGGUCCCACCACUCCCUCCACUCCUACGGGCCCCCCGGCAUGCCCCUGCCCUACAACCCCAUGAUGGUGAUGAUGAUGCCCCCGGGGCCCCCCAGCGCCGGUCCUGCCUCCGUGCAGCCCCCCGGCGCCCCCCCGGUCCGUGACCUGGCCUCGGUGCCCCCCGAGCUCACCGCCAGCCGCCAGUCCUUCCACAUGGCCAUGGGCAACCCCAGCGAGUUCUUCGUGGACGUCAUGUGACCUGCUGGCCGCCCCCGGAGCCGUCUGACGCCACGGGACCGACCCCGCCAUCUGUGUCAUGUGACCCAGCUCGUCGGCACCUCAACCUCCAUGUUGCCUUGAUGCCCUGUGACCUCCGUCCAAGCCAAGGAGCCUUGAGAAGCCACCUGGCCGAACUCUUGGCCACAUGGCUAUCACUCGUUGCCUUGAGAUCACGUGACCUGCCAUCCACUCGGAGCCUUCGGAUGCCAUGUGACCAACCGAUAUCACGUGAUCUCCAUCCACACAAGCUUUUGCGGGGGUCACGUGAGGCAGCCUUGACCUCUAGCCACAGAGCCUUCCGGGGUCAUGCGCCCCACCCACGUGGCCCCUUGUGGUCAUGUGACAGCCUGUGGCAACCGUGUCGUCAUGUGACCUCCGGCCAUGGGGCCUUCUGGGGUCAUGUGACUGACUUCGUGGCCACCUGGAUGUCACAUGAGCAAGACCGCUGCCCGAUUCCCUGUGAUCAUGUGACACCCCCACCACCACGUCCCUGACAUCAGACGGGCUCCAUCAACCAAGUCUUCCGCGGUCACGUGACCACUUGUGGCCCUUCGUGACUCAGUCUUCCUGUCCUGUUGCUGCCUUGAUGUCACAUGACCGGCGCUUGGUCCGGUGACUUAGUUUCCCUGGGCCGUCUGACAGCCGUUUCCUGUCCCGUGACCUGCCACCAGCGGCCCCGCGAGUCGCCAGUUUUAGUCAGGUGGUUGCCCUCCGGGGCCAUGGCGGCCUUUCUUAAAGUCACAUGACCCGGCACCAGGUCACGUGACCCUCAGCUGGGGAGCAAAGCCCGGACUGGGGGCUUGAGCCGGGGCUUUUUCUCCAGUUUUUGGGUGGUACUUUCCCAAACCACCCCUUCCCCUGUUGGUACUGACACCCCCACUCCCCUGGUGCCGCUCGGUGCCGCCCCCCGGUGUGGAUGAAGUGACGAGAUCUUUUUUCCUCCUGAAAAGAUCCUUUUUUUAUAACUUUUUUUAUUAUCGAUUUUUAAAAAACAAAAAAAAAAACACCACGUUCUUUGAGACAUUUUUAUAAACGUUCUUUGUAUUAAAAAAAAAAAUGCACAGUUUUGGAAAGGUCCCACCCCAUUUUAUCCUCUGGCCCCCAAAACUCGCAUAAUCAGGGUGUCUGAUUGAGAUGGGGGUCCAAUUACCUACCCCCAGCAAGCUAUGACCCCUCUCCGCCUGCACACACGGUCAACUACAAGCUUCCCUCGACUCCGUCCUUUCUUUCCUCCCCCUCUUGCAUUUGGGGGGCACCCCCUCUCCCCCCUGGCCAAUAUUGACCUUUCCAGUCUAGACCAGGAGGUCAAUCUUGGGAUGCUCAGGGGGGUGGGGCAUUUCUGAUGGGGAAGCCAAGACCACUUUAGUUUGGAGAGUUGGGGGGAUAUUCCCGAUCCGCCCCUGUUGCUUGGGGGCCUCCGAGAUGGCUCGGAUCACCCCCAAGGGGUGGCGAUUCUGUUUCCCUCAACACACAGCAUAUGUACCCCCCUUCCCAUGAAUGGUUCUGGGGCCCCCCUUUUUUCCAGCCCCUCACAUAGGCUCUGUACCCCUCCUAAUGGGGUAGGGGGUCCUCUAUUUCUCCAGCCCCCUACAUACACUACCUACCCCCCCUAAAUGGGGCUGGGGGAUCCCCAUUUCUCUAGCUCCACACAUAGGGUACAUAACCCCCAUAAAUUGGUGCUGGGGGUCCCCCAUUUCUCUUAGCAGUGCCCCUCCACUGCUGAGGGGGUGGGGGGCAUGGUAGCAGAAUCUUAUUUUGAAUAAUGUAUUUAUUUUUAGCUCUUUGUGUAUUAAAAGAACAAUAAAAAUAAAAAAUAAAGCAAAGG